UUCCAGUUGGUGAGCUGCCGUUCUCAAACAGAAGCCCAAAGCCACGGUCCUUGAUCCUCCUCCGGCCGUGCUCUCCCUCGCCUCGCUUUGAAAGGACACUGUGUCCAGUCUGCUGUGCAGUCAUCAAUGUCUGAGGAAAUUACUUAUGCAAAUCUAAAAUUCCAGGACUUUGAUAAGAAAGACAAUAUCCAGGAACUUGACAUAUGUGGGCCAAAAGUGCCUCCCGCUCCUUCCCAUUUAUGGAACAAGACAGUGUUGGCUCUGAGCUUCCUAUGCCUUCUGCUGCUCAUUGGCCUGGGAGUCUUAGGAGGCAUGUUUUAUGCAACUUUGCAGGCACACAUGGCGGAACUGAGUAGACUGCAGAAUGCUGAGGAAGAGCUGCAGAGGAACGUUUCUGCGCAGAUGCUGCACAACAGCAACAGCUCCGCGGAGAUCAGUAAGCUCUCCUCCUCGCUGCAGAGGCUGGCCACCUCUUUGUGUCGCGAGCUGUAUAAGAAGGAGCCAGAGCACAAGUGUAAGCCUUGCCCGAAGAGCUCGGUGUGGUACAAGGGGAGCUGCUACUUCCAGCUGAGUGAUGCCCACGCGUGGCAAGCCAGCGAGAGGCUGUGCUCCGCCCAGAACGCAAGCCUGCUGACCAUUGAGGACAAGAGCACGCUGGAAUUUAUAAAAUCAAGUAAUUUAUAUCACUUCUGGUUGGGUUUAUCUCCCACAUAUAAUUACAUAGACCAUGUGACCAUAGAUGAAAAGAUUUUCUCCUCUAAAUGGUUUAAAGGAAACACGAGCAACUUAAGUGAGUUGUAUUGUGGAUAUGUCAACGGAAAUUAUGUUUCGUAUUCUGCCUGCUCUCGGAAAAAAAGUGUCAUGUGUCUAAAGACAGCCAGUGAAGUGAAGGUCAUGAACAUGCUGAUGAGCAACAGUCUGGAGGGGAGCAUGUAGCUUUGUCAUUUGCCUCAAAAGAUGACCUGCCAUUAAACAGAACUUCAAGUUCCAUGUAGCUUGUGGCUCACGAGGGUAACAGUAACACUGUGACUAAAUGUCUACCUCUCCUCACAUUCCUGUCUUCACACUUCUUUCUAUUCAUCUUCUGAGUAUAAGAAAACCCAGCCACAUCUUCUCACCUACAUUCCAGUACAGACACUAUUCAAAUAUGUUUUGGAGAAGGUAUGGAUCCGAAGCUAGUUUUCCAGGCCCUUUCCAGAAUAAUCUAGGCAAAUUUCAGCCUUAGUAAAUCAGGAAAAAAAAAAAAGAGUCUAGAAAAAAAUCUCACAACAUGAACCAUUUU